AUGGCCCCCUCUAAGCUGUUGCCAAUUGUGGUAUUCCUCACACUGCUGUUAGUACGUCCCCCGAGCCCCUUCCCUCCAUUUGCAUAUGGUGGAAGUGCAGAGGACGUAAACGUGCCUGGUGAAACGAACCAGUUCGAUGACCUGUCUCACUUCAGCAGAGAGCUAAUUGAGCCUCUUUCGCGUUUCUUGAAAAGUGUCCCCGCUGCAGCGCUCAGAGAAAAGGUGAAGACCCAAGUGGCCAAAGCAGCGCAGACCCUGGAGCUACCCAAUCCGGAAGAACAAGCAUGCGAAAUUAACUACGCUGAGUUGUGCCCCGAAGGAUGGGGGGAUUGGGGAAACGGAGACAACUGCAUAAGUCCUACUACCUACCAAGGACCGUGUAAAAAGGAAGUGGCCUCGUUUGUGAAUUCAACGCCUAGAGAGAAAUUCCACUUUUCCCUCAAAUGCGCUGUGUCAUGGCCAUGCUUGCACAGAUGUAGUGAAGAGGAUCUACUGGAGGAGUGCCCCGAAAGUUGGACCCUCGAAGGGAAGAUCUGUCACGCCCCAAAAACGUACAUAGGAAAAUGUGUGCGGAAAAAAAUUUUUACAAAUUUUUCGAGAGAAGAAAAAAAGGCAUGGGCAGAUGCAUGCGAUGUUAGUUGGCCUUGUGCUAAAAAAAACUACAAUUUUAAUGAACUCUGUCCGAAGAACUGGAUUCCUAGUCCGGAUGGUAAACACUGCUCUGCGACUAGCUCCUAUGUUGGACCGUGUGGUCCUGUUUUGUACCUGUCCAAUCUGAAGGAGGUGGAGAAAAGGUUACUAAUGAGGAGGUGUAACGUCGAAUGGCCUGUCAGAGCGAAUACGGAGGAGAACAGAAUAAACGACCAGGUGUGUCCUCUGGGGUGGAAAAUCAACACUUUGCACCAGAAGGGAGGAGGGACGACUUGUUCCCCCCCCUAUUCGUACAACGGUCCGUGUGCCCAAAGUGAGGAAAUAAAAAACAUAUCCUUCGGACAUAUGAGCAAGGAAGAAAAGUAUGAACUAUCCCGAAGGUGCAACUUCAUCUGGCACUCCACAAAUGAGCAGUAUCAGAAUUUCGAUUUGGCUUGUCCUUACAAUUGGGUUCUAGUAGAUGCAGCAGAACACAUUUGCGCAGCUCCUGUGGAGUACACCCAACCGUGCAACAACAUUUGGUCCUUCAAAGGUUACACGCAUGAAAUGAAGGCUGCGUGGGCUACCCGAUGUAAAGCCCUUUUUGUUAACGAAACAGCAUUCCGAGGGGGACUCCUAAAGGGUAGAAAAGUGGGGAGCCAAUUCAAGAAGGGAAAAAUAUUUGGCAUGAACAGAGAAAUGAACAGUGGAGGUAUUCUCCUUGCAGAUGCUCCUUGGAUGAGGGAUGGUCCCAUAGGGUCCGUCACGUCCAAUUAUGACAGAGGCGACCAUAACGCUGCGACCGGUAAGGAGUUCCUUCCCAACCAGGAUGAAUCAUUAAUGCACACAAACGGGGGGACCAUACCCUUAACUGAGGGGAACAAUGAGGACCAUCCAGAGCAGUUUAUCCUAAGCGACCAGAAAAUUACGGAGCUUCUUCUGCUUAAGCAGGCAUCCAAGGAUGAUGACUUACGGAGGAACAUCGAUGACGUUGUGCAGACGUUAAGGAAGGGGCACUCCCCCCGGGGGGCAAACGCAUUUUCCUUUCUACAAAGCAGGUCAACAAAGGUUCUUCAAAAAGACCUCAACGUAGGAUCACCAAUUAUUGGGAAGGCGAAAACGCCACUGCGAAGGAGAGAAGCAGAUGAACAGUCCCCCCUGUAUGGUCGAGAUACUGCAUCCACAGGAACGGUACAAAAUUUAAGGGAAAUGAAAAACUUGUAUGAGAACUAUAAACUGGAGAAGGCGGAUCAGUCAUACUACGAGCACAUCUGCUUCGAGAAGAACUACGCUGAAUGCCCCCUCGGGUGGACUAAAUUAGGUUCCAAACAAUGCAUGGCCCCAAGGUGGUAUAGAACCAACGUCCACAAGUGCAGCUCCAUGAUCAACCUAAACGACCUAACCAGAAGCGUGUACGACGUAGCUCAUGAUAUGUCCUUCCUCACCCUUGAUGAAGAAAAAAUAAAAAAAAUGGAGAAAAAAUGUGGACUGGAAUUUCCUUGUAGAGACUGCGAACGGGAUUACGUGCAGGUGUCUUGUCCCCUCGGGUGGACUGAAACGAAUGACGAAUGGUGUGAAGCUCCCGCAGAUUAUCCACCUAACUUGAAAGAGGUCUGUGGAGGUAGAGUUAACUUUAAGUAUGCCUCUCCACUUAUUAGACGUAACUGGAGUCUUUUGUGUAGAUCUGACUGGCCGUGCUUUUCUCCUUGCGAGAAAAACUACGCGGUGGUGUGCCCCCUUGGGUAUGAACUGAUCAACGAACGAUUGGAUAGCACUCACGGGGGGACCAUUCACGUCUGCGUGAAUCGGAGCUGGGCAUCCCGUCGGACAGAAGUUAACAACGUAACUGAUAACAACGUAACGGAUAAGAACGUAGCUGACAAAUGGGCAAAGGCGUGCCUCGUGAUCGAAGUAUACAACAGUGUGCAGGUGAAAAAACAAAUAGAACAAAAGUGCCGAAUCAUUUGGCCAUGCCUGGAAAAGUGCGUGCAGGAUUACCACCAGACGUGUCCAUACAACUGGCUCCUCAAGCAAAAUAACUGCAUAGCUCCAUAUCAUUACAACCCACCACAAGGGUGUUCCAAGUCGUUCGCAGUCAGAUCGUUUAGCUCCUUCGAUAAGUACCUCUUCUCGAAUAAAUGUUUCGCUCCUUGGCCAUGUAGUAAUGCUUGCCAACAGGACUGGUCCCAACCAUGCCCCGCUAACUGGUCUCUGGUGACACGGAGAAAUGGUAAAAGUAAAAGCGCCGUGGAUAGGAGGACAACGUCCAGUCCCCUCCUUUGCAAACCGCAAGAACGUUACACGCAUAAUGGUGCGUGCACAGAUGAAUACUACAAUUUAACAGACUACACCUUUUUGCAAAAACAAGAAUUUUCCCAUCGUUGUGGUGUUAGGUGGCCAUGCGGCAGCAGCUCUCGGUUGUAUUCCCCCAAUUGGCAAACAGAGAAGGUGUACUACGACGUUGCAUUCCAGCGGCUAAGGACGCUGCGUUUUUAUGAUACCCACUAUGCCUCUAUGUAUGCCAAGUUGGGCAGUUCCUUCUUCUAA